CUUUCUCUUUUCUCUCUCUUCCAGCUCAAAACUUAGUACCUGCUGUGCUGCUGACCUGCCCUGCUCUCUCCCUCUCUCUCUCUCUCCAAGCUUUCUCCUUUCUCUAUCUAGAGACCCAAAAAUAGAGCCGUUGCCAUUGUUGCUGAGAGAGAGGGAAUGAAAGAAAUCGAAAGGUUAAUGCUUUGAAUCCAUAAAAAUGUUAAAUUUCUUUGUAAGGAAAGGCGUUAGGAAGAUUCUCAAGCGCAAGGAUAGUGAUGCUGGUGAAAGAGGAAGAGCUAUAGAAGACUUGCGAUCUGCUCUUUUUAAUGAAUUCCGCUCAUCCGAUGGUGCAAAGCGUCAGCAACAGCUAUGUGGCCCUGCCACUGCUCUUACCUUCAAUUUUGUGCUCAAAGUUGUUGGGUUCCAGUUUCCUAUAUUUCUCACCCUUAUCCACUAUGUAGUAAGCUGGUUAUUAAUGGCCAUUCUAAAUGCUCUUUCUAUCCUCCCUGCAUGUCCCUCAAAAUCGACCCGCUUAUCUACAUUAUUUACUCUUGGCUUUGUUAUGGCUUUCUCUACUGGCCUUGCAAAUGUUAGCUUGAAGUAUAAUAGUGUGGGGUUUUAUCAGAUGUCUAAAAUUGCGGUUACGCCAUCAAUUGUUCUCGCAGAAUUUUUGUUGUACAAUAAGAGAGUUUCUUUCUCGAAGGUUCUAGCACUUACAGUAGUAUCAAUUGGUGUUGCCGUCGCUACAGUAACUGAUAUGCAAUUUCAUCUCUUUGGUGCUUGUAUAGCAUUAGCAUGGAUAAUACCAAGUGCAGUCAACAAAAUUCUUUGGUCUAGCUUGCAACAGCAGGAAAAUUGGACAGCCUUAGCAUUAAUGUGGAAGACAACGCCAAUCACUCUAUUUUUCCUUGUCGCACUAAUCCCUUGGUUAGAUCCACCUGGUGCCCUAUCUUUCAAUUGGAACUUCAACAACACCUUGGCAAUUCUCAUGUCAGCUAUUCUUGGCUUCUUGCUUCAGUGGUCAGGCGCUCUAGCACUUGGGGCAACAUCUGCUGUUACACAUGUCGUUCUUGGUCAAUUUAAAACAUGCGUCAUUCUUCUAGGAAACUAUUACCUCUUUAGUUCCAAUCCAGGCAAGACAAGCAUUUCCGGGGCUUUCACAGCCAUUGCCGGAAUGUCCAUUUACACUUACCUUAAUUUGAAGCUGCAAUCAAACAAAACUUCCCCUCGGCAGGCGUCUUCUUUACCAAAAUCUAAACUGAGUAAAGAAAACAGCAAGACCCACGAUGGAAAUUAUGGUUCGGAAUCUGUCUAACUUAUCAAGGUAGAUACAAGACAAGAUCUAACUCAUCACUAACUUGGGGCAUUUGUUUGUCUCUAGAUAAAAAAAUUUCGAUUCUGAUUUUGAAGGCAAAGCUCUAUCCAUGCUUACCAUGAAUUAGAGUUUGGUGUUAGUCUGCUGAUCCGGUGUUAGUCUAUAUGGCAUUACCUGUUCCAAGGUCACAUUUUGUAGAUUCUGUUGGGUUCUUCAA